AUGUUUCGCCCGCUGCAGUUGUUGUCCUCGGUGCUCUCCAGCGGCUGCAGGACUGGAGCUCUUUUGUCCCCGUCCACAGUGACUUUGAGCCGCUGUCGAUGCGCCAGUAAAGCGGCUCAGCCCUGGAGCCGGGACAUGUCCACUGAGGACUUGGAUGAGGAGGACCAGAUCCAGCGUGUCAUCGAUGACCAGGUGAAACGACACAAGUCUAUCAAGUAUCACAUCCUGAGGAGGAAGAUGCGCCCCCUUGGACCCCCAGAGAGAAAGUUAACAUGGCAAGCUAUAGAUGAAAUCAGAUAUUUAAAGCAAGAGCAGCCAGAGGAGUGGACCGUGGCCCGUCUGGCUGAGGGCUUCUCUGUGAGCGAAGAUGUUAUCCUCAGAAUCCUUAGAAGCAAAUUUAUACCAAGUUCUGAACGAAAAGCUAAGCAGGACACUCAAGUUGUGGUGAAACUCAAACAGCAGAUGCUGCCACCAGGAGCCUGGGUGGAACAGAAGAAACCAAAGGAUAAAUAUUCAACAGAGAGCACAGCAGAGGAUGAAGAGGGUGAUGACGAGGAUGAAGGCUGGGAUGGACUGGUCUUUACAGAGGGGGACAUUGAAGAGCUGAUGUCAACAGUCAAGUCUUCACCUGUUCUUAAAGAAGGCAAUGAGUUUUUUGACAGAAAUGGCAACUUCUUGUAUAAAAUUUGA